AUGGACGACACAAUGGCCAGGAACAAGAACAAGAAGGGUCAAGCUGCACAGCAGCAGGCCGGCGAGAACAGCUCCAAGCCUGAGGAGAACAAGCCUGAAGAGACCAUGCCUGAAGAGAGCAAGCCCGAGGAGAGCAAACCCGAGGACAGCAAGCCCGAAGAGAACAAGCCCGAGGAAAGCAAGCCUGAAGGCACAACGCCUGUUGGCGAGUUCAACAACCCCACGGAAUCCAUGGGCAGUGACAGCAAUGACAACAAUGACAACAACACUGAAGAGAAGAAGGCCGAGGAGAACGCCCCCGGCAGCAGUGAUGAGAAGAAGCCUGAAGAUCAGCAGCAAUCACUAGAGGACGACAAGAAGCCUGGCGAUGAGGCGAAGCCGCAAGAUGAGCAGCAGAAGAAGCCCGCCGAAGAGGAGCAGAAGCCCGGCCAGGAGGCCGACAAGAAGUCGCAGCAGCAGGCUCAGGUACAGGAUGAGUCCGAGUCGCAAGAGGGCGACAACGUCGACAACGACAAGAAGCCCGAGGACCAGAAGCAACAGGAGCCCGCGAAGGUGCGGUCGCGAGACUCCGGCCGCACGGAGCAGGAAGCCGAGGCCGAAGAGCCCACGGAGCUUCAUGAUGACCAAGACGGCGAGGACUACGAUGACGAAGAAGGCGGAGAGUACUACGACGAUGAUGAAAAUGACGAGGGAGUCUACGAUGACGACUACUACUCUGGCGACGACCAGGAUGAGGAAGACUACGAUGACGACGAUGACUACGACGAAGAUGAAGAGGAGGAGGAGGGAGACGGCGGCAACUACACGACGUCGGGUCAACAAGAUAAGCGCGACGGCCAGACGCCGCGGAGCAAGGGUUACACCAACGACGACCCCUACCAGAAGAACAACCAGAUGAUGCAGCGCGGCGGCCGUCGCCAACAAGGCGGCGGCGAGGACAACUACCGCCAGCAGCAGAUGCAACAGCAGCAGCAGAUGCAGCAGCAACAGAUGAUGCAACAACAGCAGAUGAUGCAGCAGGGCGGCGGCGACAGCGGCGGAAAGAACCCGCUCAAGCUGAGGCUCGACCUCAACCUGGAUAUCGAAAUUACCCUCAAGGCUAAGAUCCACGGUGAUCUCACGCUGGCUUUGCUGUAA